AUGGCCACUGUGCUGCUACCCUGCCCUGUGCCUCUGGCUCCCUCUGGUGUACACUUUCGGCGACAGCUGCUGCAGCUUCUUGCUCUUGGGCCCCCUCUGCUUUCCCCUCUGGUCCUGUCCUGCCUGGAUCAACUCUGGUCCUCCCACGCCCUCUGGUCCUGUCCUGCCUGGAUCAACUCUGGUCCUCCCACGCCCUCUGGUCCUGUCCUGCCUGGAUCAACUCUGGUCCUCCCACGCCCUCUGGACGGCAUCCACAGCCUACCACCAGGGAAGAGACAGGUGAUGGAGAAAUUUUUUAAGCCUGUUCACAGCCCCUCUGACCCAGACGAGGUUAAGCCGCGGAAGCACCACCACCAUCAUCCUCUUCACCAUCACCAAGACCCUCAGUCACACAGGUACACAAUGUUUGAUGACACAGACAGAAAUACAGAUGGAAGCCAUGGGCACCACCGUCACCACCAACAUGGUCACCAGGUCCAUGACAGCCCUCAUCACGAUGCCCACCAUCACCAUCAAACACAGCAGUUUCACCACAGUGAAGAGGAUGAGAUACAUUACAACUGUGAAACACAUGUAACUCUCUCCAGGGCUUCUUCCUCUUCCCUCUCUUCCUCUUCUUCCUACUCCUCUUUUUCCUCUUGGCACACAGAGGCGAGUGCAAAUGAUCCCUUCUCUCUCCGUCAUGCUGAGCAGCCACAGCAUUCCCUGUCCUGCUCCAACAUCACAGAUGUGCGCAGGGGCUUCAGGGAAGACCUCAGCACCGAGCCCAUUGUCUUUGCUAGCAUCAAACAUGACAAGAAAGGCAGUGUUUGUAGUGAGUUAGGGAACACACAAAAGAGGGGAAAGCGGGGUUUUCAUACUCUUGACCGAUGUCACAGCAGAAGUGAUGAAGCCCUUCUGCAGGGUAAUGAAAGUGAUGGAGAACGAUCCAAGGUACCGCACAUGAACUAUGGACCUCUGUAUAAGACAGCUAGUUUGAACAGAAGCCUGGCUUUCAGUGAAGAGGAUAUUCUGUUAGGGGUCUCCAGGGGCCCCAAAAGAGCGGUGUCCUCCAUCCAGCUACCUGUCAAAAGCAUCCUCAAAAACAAGGAGCCUCAUGGUGACAUUCGUAAGGCGAAGUCGAUGGAGGUGCUGUCCCCAAGAGUUUCGAAAGGACAAGAUCCCAGUGGACAGAAGGGGAGGGGUGCCACUCAAGUCCAGGUAGAGCAAGCUAGGACAAAUUUUGUGCAGGGAAAAUUACAAUUCUCAGCCUUUCUAGAUGAGAUUACAAAACAGGUUAUAAGUCCCUCAGCUCUCACCAUCUUGGGUGUGAACAAAAAUAAAAUUACUGGGAAGACACCUGCUGCCCCAGCCCAAACCCCUGGCCCAGUCAAGCCUCAACUCCCACCCAAGAAGCACAAAGAGAGCUCAAGGGAGGAGAGGGAGCAGCACCUGAAACAGCACAGCAGACAGGAAAAAGCUGCUAACAGCAGCUCCUGGAAACACUCAGACUACUCCAAUCAUGGCAAACUGAUCUCAUAUGCAGCUAAGAACCACCACAGUAGCCCCCCGCCUCAUCAUUACCCCGACUCCCCCAGUCAAAAUACUCACCACGGAAACAGCCGUAAAGACAGGAGGCCGUCGCCCACUGGGAGCUCUGUGUCAGGGGACAGAUAUGGUAGAUGUGGCCCUCACUUCACAGAUGACACCAGCACCAGCCCUGAGCCCAGCCAGCCCAAACAACACCACCACCGCAAACAGCAGCAACAUACCCAGAACUUCCCUCAGCACCAGCCUCAACAGGAGCACCCUGGCCUUGGGCACAGAGGGCCCACCAGCUCCCCUCCAUCCUCAGCCCAGGGUGUAGGGCCAGGUCUGGGAUCUGAAUCUUCCUCCACAAAAUCUGAUUCACCCAGGGCCAGAGACACGGCCUCCACAGCUACCAGUCACAGCUCUAACAUGAGUGGUCGACACCAUUCACAGCAUGUGGGGCACUCUAAACAACGCAGGGACACACUGUGUGAUGCUGACUAUCUACAGGCGCUGCAGGAGGAGAAUACAGAUCUUCACCAAAACUUGUUGCAGACUGUGGUUUGCAUCGAAAGCCUGGAGAUGGAGUUGCAGAGGACUAGGGAUGAGCUCAGCCAUGUCAAGGAGAAAUAUAAAAGCCUUCUAGAGACCCACUCUGGGACCAAGGAGGCCAAUAACCUGCUGGGAGAACACUUGCAUAUAGCGUCAGAGAGCCUGAGCAGUGAGAGGAAGUACCUACUAAACCGUGUGUCUCAGCUGAGCUCAGAGUUGGAGGAUGCCCACAGGACCAUGGCAGCCCUGGAGAACAUCAAUGUACCGUGCUUAAUAAAGGAGUUACUGGAGAAGCACUUUGAUUCAGCUGAGGCCAUACAGAAGUUUCUGACGACCUCUGCUCCAAUCAGAUAUCCUGACACCUCUCCACAAGCACACGGCCAAUCCCACGCUCCUCAAGUGGAAGAAGCAGCACCUGAUUGGUUGAUGAAAUCAGAGGCAGGUCCGCAGAGGGUCACAGCUUUCAUACCAUUUAAACAGGGAGUGCAAACAGCAGGAACUGAAAAUAGUCUCUUAGGCCAGCAUGAGUCUAGCCACAGCCCACCUUUCUCUGUAGCUGACAUCAGUACUGCUAUCUAUAAGAAAAUGGCUGCCAGUUAUGGUGCCAGGCCACAGUCUCUCUAUCCCCAAAGCCAACCACAGCCUCAACUGGGCACUAACCACGCUGACACCCCUCCAAAUUUCCAGCAGGCCAAUAUGGGUAGUGACAGCUGGGGUGGGAAGGGAGGGGUGAAGGUAACGCUUUUGGAGCAGGACGUUGUGGAUGUGACCUCCAUGUCAGCCCAGCAGAUCCUGGAUGAGUUCAUGCAGCAGCUGCAGACCCGUAACGAGGCGGGUGCAGGGAAGGAGCAGCAGGGUGGGCAGGAGUGGGUGGGAGGAGCAGAACAAACAGGCAAAGUGGCAGACUGA